AUGGGAAGUCCCCUCUUCAGCUUGAGUGAUCCUCUGAGUGACUCACAACUACCACAGAGUAAGAAGAAACCAGAACUCCCUCAAGAGUCACAGCAUAGAAUUGACUCCUUUUCCAAUUUCCAAGAAAAGAGAUCUUCCAAUGAUGAGAACCGUAGCAUUCAGGAUUGCAUUAUGUACAUGGAAGCUACCAUGGAAGAGAUACCAUUUCUGGUCAGUGAGAGUGUUAAGGCAGCUCUGGCUAAGUAUGAUCUCAAUCCUCAAGUCUCCCCAGCUGAAACCAGUGACUGUCUUCUGGAGAAGUUGAAGGGUAUGUUGAACACUGCCUUUGCUUCUCAGUUCUCAAGCUUGCAUGACCUCAUUCACCCUAUCAAGGCUCAUCUGAAGGAACUCAAUGAGGUUCAUGGAGUUUCAGGAGCAAAACAGCCACAAUAUCCAUCAUGCAAUAGCAUCUCCAUGCUUCUGGCAAUUCGUGACCUGGAAGGGAAAGUCAAUGAGAUGCUCAAGCAGUUGGCCCUUCUUGAUGGAAAGCUUCGAGAGGGUCAAUGGGCUCUCAAACAUAGGAUUUCUGACAAAGGCACCAUGACCAGCUAUCAACUUGAUUUCCCAAAAGGUAUGAAGAGGGCAGGAUCAAAGGUGGAAGUGGAGAGUAGUGGAACAAAGAAGUGGGGCUGUUCACUUGAGGAGAAGCCUCUUCAAGAGCCAAAGCAGAGAAACCAGAACCCUGAUGAAAAGAAAUCCAUUACAGGCCCAUCAAUACAUGAAAAUGUAGAGUUCUCACGAUGCCAUUAUCAUACCAUAGUUGGAGAACUCGAUAGCUUCAUUACCCAUCAUGGGGUGGUCCCACCACCCCAAACCAAUCCCAUUACCCAUCAUUGGGGUGGUCCCACCACCCCAAUCUCGGACGAAUAUGACAGAAGAAGGUACAUGAAGGCAAGGAGGGACAUCGCAGCCGGAGAGACGAUAUUCGUGGACAGGGCCCUGGCCGUGGGUCCCAAGAUCUACACCGUUCCCGUGUGUUUGGGCUGCUACAAGCGCGUGGAUGGAUCCUACCUCUGCAGUCGGUGUCGGUGGCCCUUGUGCGACGAGGAGUGCGAGAAGUCCGCAGGAGCACAUCGGGACGCGGAAUGCAAAGUGUUCGCGGAGAGCGGCCAGGACUUCCACAUGAAGAACUACGAAUCCUCGAAUCCCAUGUACGAGUGCAUUCUCCCUCUCCGAUGUCUUCUCCUCGAGGAAUCCGAUCCGGAUGGCUUCCAGAGGCUCCUCACUUUGGAAUCUCACCAGGAGUUGAGGAAAGGCACGGAAAUUUACAGGGCAGAACAGGUGAACGUUGUGAAAUACAUCCGGGAUUACUUGAAGCAAGGAGAUCGAUGGUCGGAGGACGUGAUCCAUCGCGUGUGCGGCGUCAUCCAGAUCAACGCGUUCGAAGUGAGGAACACGACGUUCACCAACUACUGCGGGAUCUAUCCCUUGUCCUGCAUCAUGGAACACUCCUGCCUCUCGAACACGAGUCACAGCUGCACUCCCGAGGGCGAGAUGGUGGUGCGGUCCACGGUGCCCAUCUUGGCGGGCGAGCACGUGUCCACCACCUACGCCUACACCCUGCAGGGGACGCAGCUGCGGCGACUGUGCCUCAAGGCAGGGAAACUGUUCGACUGCAAGUGUCCUCGCUGCGCCGACCCCACCGAGUUUUCCACUUGCUUCAGUGCGUUCCGAUGUCCCAAGUGUAGCUCGGACGUCCUGUCCUCGGAUCCCCUGGACGAGGACGCCGUCUGGAAAUGCCGCUCUCAGGAUUGUCCUUUUUCCAUCACAGGCGCGCAAGCGAAGAAGCUGAACGAGGUGAUCGGCACGGACGUCGAGCACUGCCGCUCCGACGUGAAGAUGCUGGAGGCGCGUCUCGUGAAAUACGCGAGCAGCCUGGGGAGGAACAACUGGCAUCUCGUCGGGAUCGAGCUCCUUCUGUCGCAGGUCUACGGUCGGACGGCUGGGUACAUCCUCGAGAACUUGUCUCCGGAAUUGUUGGCAAGGAAGGAGGCUCUGUGCAGGCACGUUCUUCGGGUCGCCGACGUCCUCGAACCGGGGAAAUCCAGGCUCAGAGGAAUGCUGAUGUACGAGCUGCAAGCAGCUCUCGUCAUGCGAGUGACCAGGGAUUUCCAGGAUGGAAUCGUGGUCGCUGAGCCCCUCCUGAAAUGCUUAAAGGAAGCGCGAGGUUACCUUCAAGAAGCCCAGGACAUCCUCACUCUGGAACCAGAAUGGACGCGAGAAGGAACCAUCGGGCGAUCGUGUGAAGCCAGCCUCCAAGAACUCCAAUCCUGGAUUGACGGUGUUGAGAAACAGGUCGCUCGAGCCGACCGACAGCAGCAGUUGCUGGAACAACGCCAGGAUCAACAGCAGCAGCAGUAG